CAGAAUCUGUAUAAGAAAGUGAGGAGCAUACUGAACAAACUGACCCCUCAAAAUUUUGAGGCUCUCCUGAAACAAAUACACGAACUGGAGAUCAAUACAGAGGAUAAACUAUCUGGAUGCAUUAAAAUUGUCUUUGAAAAGGCCAUAUCUGAGCCGAAUUUUUGUGAAGCCUACGCCAAGAUGGCAUGCAAUAUAUCAACGUUGAAAGUGCCAUGCAAGGACAAUCCACACGAUGCUUUAUCUUUCAGAAGACUUCUGCUCAACAGAUGCCAGACGGAGUUUGAGAAGGAUCGGUCAGAUGAGAUUGAACUGGAGAAGAGGCAGAAAGAGAUUGAAGAGUGCCAGCAGGAUGAUAAGAGGAAGCAGUUGAUCUUGGAGAAGGAAGAAAUGGUGACAAAAGCAAGGAGAAGGUCUCUGGGAAAUAUAAGGUUCAUAGGCGAAUUAUUCAAGAUGAAGAUGCUGACGGAAAAGAUAAUGUUUGAAUGCCUGACCAAACUGAUCAAAGCCACAGACGAGGACAGCAUUGAGUGUCUUUGCUGGCUUCUCAGGACCAUUGGAAAAGACCUUGAUUCUGAUAGGAAUAAGAAACAUCUCGAUGCUUUCUUCUCUGAAAUUGUUAAGAAGUCAAAGAGCAAAGGUGUGUCACCCAGGACCAAGUUCAUGCUACAAGAUAUAAUUGAGCUCAGAUCUAACAACUGGGUGCCUCGAAGAAAUGAAUUCAACCCAAAGACCAUUGCACAGAUCCACAAGGAAGCA